AUGGCACGAACGGGGGACCCCGAGGGUUCACCCCACACUCCUGCGCCGAGCUUGGGCCUCAGAUGCCUUUCCGAGGAGACGCCUUGUCGUCCACCGAACGAAGCCGGGAGAGCGGAAACAGGUCAGCUUGCGUUUUCGGAAACUACUCAGACAGACGGAGAUAUGCCGCCGUGUACAGGAGGAGGGAGAGACGCGCUGUGCGACUCUGGCAUGCGGAACCACUUGGAAGAGGGGGGAACCGGCUGUCGCGAGCAGACAGGCGGCGUCUGUUCGACCCCCAACGUGGAAAACUCGGAACGAAGCGACUGCUGGGAGGGGCGAAACGGCGAGAAGAAGACCGGCGAACUUGCCGGAGAAAAACUGAUGGGAGGGGAAAGGCCAGGAGGCGAUCGAGAGCAAGCAGGACUCUUUCGUGCCGGGGCAAAAGAGGCGGAAGACGUCGAGAUGGAAGAACAACCAAGGGCACCCCUAACUGGAGGGGAAGGUGAGGCUGUCGAUGUUGAAGGAACGUCGUGUUCUCCCUCGGGGUGUUUCACCUCACCUACGGGAGAACCGGAGACGCUUUCGCCCUCCGUACCCUCUUCACUCUUUGGGGCUUCCGCAGGUGACCCUGGGGUUUCUUCGACAGCUCUUGGACCUACGGCAGGCAGCCAGUUCUCACCAUCGACUCUCUGCUCUCCUCCAGAGAAACCCGACGACGAUGCUGGAGUCGAGGAAGGAACGGACCUUUUGCCGUUUUUUGACGCGACCCAGGCCACCGAUCCUGGGCGGUCUCCCACCGACACGAACCUGGACCUCACUGCCGCUUCUGUUUCCACGAGUAGCGAGGCGAGUUUCGCGCCUACCUCUUUUUCCGAAUUCUCCGCUGUUGCGUCUGCGUCGACGGCACCGAAUGGUGCCUUCGCAGAUGCAUGUGUCCCAGCAGCUUCUUCGUUCGAAUCCUCUUCAGCUGUCUCUGCAUCUUUGCAAUCUCCAGAGUCUUCACCACACUCAGAGUCUCCACGUCAGUCUUCGUCUCCCGCUCUUGCGUUUCCCGCCUCGCAUGCGCGCCCUCUGUCUCGAGCUGCGGCACGCGCCGGGGUUAACAUGAGCGAUGCUCUGCCUCCUGGUCUUCGCCCCGACAUUCUUCUUCACUCGCCGCCAGAGGUCGUGCGACAGUAUGUCUCUGAACACUUUGCCUACUUCCAGUUUUCAAAGAAGCCCGAGACAGAGAUCCUAGCGGGGGACAAGCUCCAGGAGGAAGACUCCAGUGAGGAGAGCGAGGAAGAAGACGAGAAGGCAGAGGGAGAGAAGGCGAUUGGGGAGAAGGAAGAGGGAGAGAAACAGGAGGGAGUAGACUCGAAGCGCGAGGAGGAAAGCAGGAGAGUCGGGGGGGAUGACAUGGGGGCGAAUGCGGGCUUCGAUGGGGAAAAGAAACGACGAGGGAUAGAGGGGAGUGAGGAGGGAGAGAUGGAGGUUGCUACGCAUGCAGAUCUUUCUGGAACCGAAUUUGGAGAAGCGGCGGCGGUCAGAGAAGAAGAGAAGGUGUCGAAACGCCGAGAGAUGGCGAUGAAGGCGAAGCAGAGCGCGAGAGGCCACUCCAUUCACCGCAACGAGGACAAGAAAAAGAAACGAAGGAAGACAGAAGAAGAGGAAACCCCGAGACUUCAUCCCGUCAACUCCCUCAAUCUCAGCUGCAGGAGAGUGAAACUUUACGAAGUCGAUGAGAUGGGACGGUGGAUCGACAAAGGGACAGGCCACUUCUACGUGACUGAGGGAAGAGGCACGGCCGCUGCUGGCGACGGAGGAGGGCGAGAAGACGAAAGGUCGAGUCUCUAUCUCGAGCGAGGUCUGGAACGCGACGACGAAGCAGGCGAGGGCCAGAGAGACGAAGACGACGAGACAGGCAUGGCUCGGCUUAUAGUCGAAGACGAAGAGAACGGGAAGGUGUACGUGGACACAGCAAUCGGAAGCAAUUAUGCGUACCAGCAUCAGAAAGAUUCCAUCAUCACUUGGCAAGAAGGACGAACAGGAGAUGUCUAUCGAGCCCUAUCCUUUCAGCAUCCCCACGGCUGCUUCGCCUGCUGGACUUACAUGACUCUGAAGGCCCCGGAUCGGUGUGCGGGAGGAACGGAGGAAGAAGAGGAAGAAGAAGGAGACGAGGGGACGCUUGGUGCAGCCGAAGAGGAGCAGCGAGAAUGUGGCCGACGCCAGGGCGCGCUGGGGCGAUUUAGGCGAAGCACUGAGGAAGGAGUAGAAGACGAGAGGGACGAUGAAGAGGAGGAAGACGAGGCCGGUGUCGACUCUCUUGUCGGCCUAGACGGCGCAGAAUCCAUACCUCACCACAUCCUCGAGACACCGAACGAGGACAAUCUACACAUGCUGAUGACACGAAUGGAAUUCGACCUGCCGCAUCCGCAGACGGGAGAACUUGUGCUGCUGGACGUCCUGGGGCGUCACUGGCUUUAUCUGCUCUUUGCAUUCAUGCGAAAGUGCAUCGCAGCCGAGAAAAUCGAGCAGCUGAAGCAAAUCGCCUUCAUCAUUCGAAAAAUGCUGGUUUUUUGGAGCGGCCACAUCGACGCCUUGGAGGUUCUGCUCAGCGACGAGUUCUGGCCCGACGUCCUCAAGUCUCUGGAAUAUGAUCAAGACUUGCUUCACCAAGGCAUGGAGAUGCGACACAGCGAGUUCUUCGCGCACAAAGCUCAGUUCCACAAUGUCAUUCAACUCGAGGACCCUGUCUUCACUAGCCACGUCCACCUCCAUUACAGGCUCAUGUAUCUCAAAGAUGUGGCGAUUACGAGGUAUUUGGACGAGGCUGCGAUCAAUCGGCUUCAGUCAGUGUUGGCUUGCAACAUUCAAGAAGUGUUGCGACUUCUUCUUCGCGACUGCCAGUCGCCUCCUGGGUGCCCUUCGUCUCCGUCUUCUUUCUCUUCGUAUUCCUCCCACAGCCUCGUGGGUGUGCAAUCGAAUGAGAGUCUCAGCUCAUCCUGCUUCGCCGUGCUCCGCGAGCGCCUCAGCGAGGACUUUAUGGCUGCUCUCUUUCUCCGGGAGCUCUUGCAAAAUCUCUCGAAGCUGCUGCAGCAGCAGAUGCUCGAGAAACACUCGAUCUUCACGCAAAUCAAGCAACACAUGAUUCUUCUGGAGCUUCGUGGAUACCUCGACGGCACCUCUGCCGCCGUCGCGAACUGGAACCAAGUUUUUCUUCCUCUCAACAAGAAGGCUGAGGAGUACCAAGAGCGUCUAAAGGAGAUUUUGCUGGCGGACGGCGCAGAGACGUAUCGUCCGAAUCCUCUCGAUCUGUCUGGGCUGCCUUACCCCACUCCAGUGUGCGUGGCGGUUGAGAUUCUGAACACGUUUGCGGAGCUCCAGCCUCAACUGCUGCGUCAGGCCUUCUUUUCGGAAGCGAAGAGCGACGCGAAACAGGAGUCUCGUCUCCUCCUUCUGCUCGCAGAGACCCUAGAGAAGAGCCACAGCGACUCCGUCCAGGUUCAGGUGAAGGAAAUUCUCGUCAAGGUCGUCUGCAGUCCCGUCAUGGAACUUCCGGAAAAGGACGAAAUCCACAUGCUCUUCUACGACAAAGGCGUCAUGGACCGCCUGCUUCAGACCCUCUUUCUGCCGUUAAACGCCGACGAAAUGACUCCAAGCGAUUUCCAUCGUCUGCACCACGCGAAGCAGCAGAUUCUGGAAAUUCUUGCGCACUGCGUCCCGGCCCACAAGCAUCGCUUCAAGAUUCGCAUCCAGAAAGACCGGGUUCCGAUUCGGGCAAUCCUCGCCUCACUCCGGCCCACGUUUGAUAAAUUCCUUGCUCUCUUUGCCGUCAAAUUCAUUCGCGCAUGCAUCUCCCUCAAAGAUGCAUACGUGGACAAACAUUUGGUGCAGCACAAGGUCCUCCGACCGAUCAUUUGGAUGCUCAAGGAAGAGCAGUACGCAGUUUCGCUUUUUUCAUCUCGACGGCAGCAGUCUUCGCUGCUCGCGUCGGUCAUCUUGGAUUGUCUGCGAGCGCUCGCAGCGGGCGCAGCGACGUUCGCGGCUCCACAGGCGCCUUGUCACUCUCUGCAUUUGAUAGAAUUCCUUUUCACGGAUGAUUUUUGUCGUCACUGGAUCGGAGACAUCCAAGAGUCCAUGCGGACCACAGGCCGCCGGCCCUGCCAAACUCUUCAGGAUCUACACGAUUUGUACAUCCAGUUUGUCGCGAAGCCGUCGCUCUGCGCCAGUCAGCCGCUGCAUCUGCGAUCGCCGCAGGACUACCUCUCCCCGUCUUCUCGCGUUCUCUCGCCUCGAAGUGGACGCAGUGGCGCGAGGGACUUCUUCUUCUCCGGCUCGGGCCUCAAUUCGUCCGACGCAGGCGACGGGAAUCUCUCGCCUCACUCUCUGCGGUCCAGUCUCGGUCGAGUUAUUCGUAGAGAUCCAAAUAGGUCGUUGGAUGACGAAGAGGAGGAGUCCUGGUUCCUCUCUGACGACAAGGAAGACGAAGACGAGGAAUCGCCGUCGGAGGGAAGUGGAUGCCGGGAGAAUUUCUCCUCUCUGUCUCUGCGAAACACUGACCCAGACGAGGACGACGAGGAAGAGAUCAGCGGCAGGCGCAGUCUGUCUCGGUGCACAUCAUCCCUUGUCGACGGAUACGACGACGACAACGAAGAGGACGAGGACCACGCGAGUCUGCCUUCGCUGACGUCAAGGAAGACCAACUCGGCCUCGCAUUCGUCUUAUAAUCGGAGUCAGAGACCGUUCGAGACCCGCGAGGAAGACGAAGACGAGUCCUUUCUGUUGAAGGCCUUCCCGGAGAAGAAGCAGCUGAUUUCGAAGCCAACGAGGCUGCGGGACCCGGGCGAGGAGGGGCGGACCGAGAAAAGGCGACUCGACAAGAGCGAGGGACGUCGAGCAGACGACAACAGCGCGAAGCUUGCAGAGGCAUUUGAAAAUCCUCGAGGGCCGGCGACAGAAAAAGACGAGGAACGAUCGAACCGUCGACUAAGUCCAGGACGACGGGUGCCGGACGGAGACGCGAAAACCAGCCCUAAAGAGACCUCACCGACCCGAGUUGGAACAGCACUUGCAGGACCCAAAAAGAUCGCAGUCAAGCUGAAACUCGGCGGGAACGGCGCGGGCACAGGAACGUCUUCAAGCAAUGCAGAUCUUGAGAACAAGGUCCGAAACGACAAGGACGAUGGAGACUCUAUGUCUGAUGAUCGUGCGUUAACGACAACAGGUGAUGGGCGCCUCCACAGCGACAGUGAUGCUGAAAGCAGCGGGACUGACGAGGGUGGAAAAUCGCGCGAAGGAGAGGGAGGAAGCGAACUUCUUGCAGGGAUGCGCCUGCUUUCUGGUGUAUUGAAGAGAAAACAUUCGUCCGGAUUGGCCUCUUCUCUGUCGUCGGACUCUCCGCUGGGCGGGGAGAAUGAGAGGGGGGCGCGGCCAUGCCCUCGAGGAGGGCGCGAGGGCCUUUUGGCGGCGCGCAGUUUGUGGGGUGUGGGGGCGACAGAGACAGAAGAUACCCAGGGCAGUGACAGGGCUGAGGGAGAGGCGAAGGAACCGAGCAAGAAGACCAGCCGUGUAGGAGGAGAGACGGGAGGAGAGAGAAGACACUCCUCGGAUGACGAGGCCCAGAGCGCCGGGGAGGAAUUGGACAAGCGCGACAGAAAGAAGUCAAAGUGGACGGAAGAGCUCGUCGCGGACAUGCUGCAAGACGGUAGCGACGAUGAAGACGCGUGA